UUAGGGACCAAAUAUAAAUGUAUUGUACAGUGUAUUUAUUGAAGACGCCUCGCUUUUAUCAAGAUUACUGUUGAUGGAGUCUUCAAAAAUUGAGUUUCUAGGCACUCCGUGUGGCCACCAUGGGCCAUACACCUUCUACAAGGCCAUCAAAUAUUCCCUGGGGAAUAAAAGUCAAAUUUUAUCACUGGGCGAAUUUUUCUAUGUGAAACAUUCUGAAGAUGCCCCCAUUUGUAUCGGAGAAGUUCAGUUACUUUGGGUCGACAAAAAUACCUGUCAUGAUCUGUCUAGUGUCCGAUUAUAUUUCCUGCCAGAACACACCCCAGAAGGAAAACAGCAAUAUCAUGGAGAGGAUGAGAUACUAGCUGUGUCUGAGAAAAUUGUGUUGAAGAUUGAGGAUUUGCUUAAAUGGAUGGUGUACGACGUCACAUGGACAGCAGGGUCAAAGGCCAUCUACAGUGCUGAUGAGAAGAACGAUGAUAUAGACAUCCAAAACAAUAUCAUUACAAAAUCAUUUUCCAACAACAGUGCUUUGGAUUGGAAGGACAUUGAGAAAGAAAAGAAAGCCCUAGGUGUUUGCAACAGCAUGAAAGGCACGGAAGUGAUAAUACUUAGUUAUUCCCAAUACUGCCGCUACAAAGCCAUUCUCAAACGCCUCGAGGGAGUGACAGACAAAUGGCUUAGGAACACCUUAGUGUGUGCCAUUGGUGGCUUUACAUUUAACAGUAAGAAUGCUCGAAUACUUUUCUGUAAGGACACAUUUGAGCAUCCAGAACUUGAGGAACUUGAAGUGCGUUGUGAUGAACUUGCACCAAACCUAAAAGGCCGUCCAAGGAAAAAGAAACGUCUUAAAAAGGAGAGUUCUAUAGAGUCAGAGUCAGGAGAAGAAAGUACAAGCAUGGAUUCUGUCAGUUUUAAGAAGUCUCAGGCUCGUGGAGAGAGAAGGAAUGGCAAGUCUAUGUCACCUAAAGAUAUGGCAGAAGCAGACUUUCUGGCAGCCUUGUAUAAGUUCAUGAGGAACAGACAGAGUCCCAUCACCAAGGUCCCUUCAUUAGGAUUCAAAACAAUUGACCUGUAUUACUUUUACUCCAGUGCACAGAAGUAUGGGGGCUAUGAACAGAUAACUAACAAACGGCUUUGGAAACACCUUUAUGACAAACUAGGAGGUAACCCAGGAAGUACUAGUGCUGCCACCUGCACCAGAAGGCAUUAUGAGAAGCUGCUGUUGCCAUUUGAACGUUAUGUGAAAGGAGAGCUACACAAACCACUGCCAGUGCCUUACAAACAGCCGCCUCGCAGGCCGACCUCUGACACAGAAGGAAGAAGAGGACAAAAAAUCAAAAACGAACAAGAAAUAGCCUGGGAAGACAGAAAGAGAAACUCAAAUUUGGGGAGAAAGAAGUUUGGAACCAGCCUGGAGUUGAUGGAAAAAGAGAGGAAGUGGGAAGAGAUGAGAAGACACAAAAUACUUGUGCAAAAGGUGAGACAAGGGCAUCCCAAUCAUGUCUUCAACAAAGAAUCAGACAUGCCCUCUUCAUCAAAAGUCAAUCACCAGCCAGUGGGCAUUGUGACUCCAAUGAAAAGCCCAACUACUUUGCAAGAGCCACGUGAGCUAUUGAGAGCUGAAACAGUAAAAUUCAACCAAGAUGGAGAAUAUGAUAAAACAAAUCGUCCCAGCAUUCCUCCUCCUCUGCAGAAACAACCUCUUAGUGUGCCAACCUUAGGGCAGAAAAAGGUGUUUUUGCACCGCUCUUUAGGCCAGGGUCAGGAUAUGUCCAGUAGCAGCCGUCCAUUGCCUCCACCCUUAGUAAAGACUUCAGGGGGGAAUAGAGAAAAUGCUCCUGCAAAAGUGUACCAUGAAGAUGCUAAAUAUACUGCUGAUGGCAAAAGUACCAGUAACAGGGAUAGCAUAGAUGGACAAGAGUCUUUUGCUCACAGACCUUCAGUGAUUCAACACACACAUCUGUCAUCAAAGGGACCAAUGGACAGUGAAGCUUCCUCUUCACAGCUGUAUACAAGAAUACAGUCCGAAUAUGGAGGGGUUUUUCCGCCAUCACAUCACUAUAACCUUCCUAUGAAAAGGCCAUAUCCUUAUCCACUCCCAGCUCAUCAGAAAAAAAGCUCUUUGCCAGAUAGUUAUGCCAAGGAACACAGGUCAUUAUAUAGUUUGUCAGGAGACGUCAUCAUUGAAAAUGCACAUUCAGAAAAAGCCAAACGUCAAAAGCUGGACUGUAGGACUGAUGACCCGAGGUCAUUCCUUAAGACUAACACAAACCUGGUCCUAAGUCAUAGUAGAGAUACUCAGGAAUCCUGUGACCAACCUUUUGAUCUAAGUAUGAAAUCAAUGAAAAAGAACAAUGAACAAAAUACAGGAGCAUUUGAUACCAAGGUAGAAAGUAAACCAUGUACUUCAGCAUCGGCAUCAUCCAGCAACAAGUACACUGAAUGUGAAAAAACAACAUUAACCAUGAACUCUGUAUCACCCAGACCUAGCCAGCAAGGUACAGUGAGCCCUAAAGUGCCAUAUCAUAGUAACAUUGUCAAACGUACAAAUUCCCCACAGUCAAUGGAUUCUGAAUUGAGUAGGAGUCAAAGUUCUGCCUCAAGAAGCCUUCUCGAUGACAGACGUGUGUCUCCAGUAACACCAUCUUCAGGUGGUGAGGAUGGCAGUGACAGACCUGCAUUUAUUACCUCCUAUUUUGACCCUCAUGGUAUCGAGUCCCAGCAAGCUCUUGCAAAGCAUGUUAUCACAAGAGAGGGGAAAGUUGUUUCUCCUGAGCUAAAAUCACCUCAGCAUCCAUCAGCAACACCCAAAUCCAGCAGUGCCAUCCAGGACUUCUCUCCAUUGCUGCACCCAGCCUAUCCCCAGAUGUUGUCCCCUCCCAGCACCGUCCACCCAGGGAUUCUGCACUCUCCUCAGCAGCUCAUAGAGGCUCAACUACAGGCCCAUGCUGCACACAGGGCUGCCUAUGAGGAGAUGAUCAGAGCACAAAUGUAUCCUCACCCUUCCCCACUGUUUGUGCCUCAGUCGCAGCUUUACCCUCACCUGUACUCUGAAGGGCAGCAAUACUUGUUUCCACAAUAAGAGACAGGCAUGGGCAGGGAAGUUCUUCAUUUCAUACUACUGCUUAGGGACUUUUUAUAUUCUCAGGAGUUUCCAUAUUGUGACAUGAAGUUAUGUUUUAGUCUAGAAUUAUAUUUGUCUUGUAUGCAUUUUGGGGUUCUAAGAAAAAUGAAAGGUGAUUCUUUUUUAUGUAUGUUAAACUGCUUGUGUGGUUUAAUGCCUGCAAAAUGCGUUUAUGUUUACUUUAGAAUGCAUUACUUCAUAAUCAAUUAAAAAGUUUAAGGCAAUAGUUAUAUGUCCGCAGUUCCCUUGUAUUAAUCGUAUUGGAUUUGCAUUAGGUUGAAGACAAACCUUUAAGACUGUUGGCAAAAGAAAAAUUGUUGACUGCUGGAACUGCAUGGUAGAUUUAAGGUUGGAUAUGGGACUGCUUUCCUGUCUAGAAAGUAGAGUUCAGGUAUUAGAUACAUUUAACACAAUUGCAAAAUCCUACAACAAAGAAAAAAAUGAAAAGAACAGAUAAUGUGUAUUUUCUUUAUGACUGUGUCACCAAAGCAAAUGUUUAAUAAAUAUUCAUUAUGAUGCAUUUCUGCAUAUUAAUCUAGUAUGUAAAAACAAGAAAGCCUGUAUGAUUAUGGUCCAAGCUAAGGUCUUGCAGAUCUUGAAAGAUUUCAGUAAUGAAAAAUAGACCUAUUGAUAUUAUAUAUGUGUUCCACAUGGGUAGUGGACUAGCUUGCAUUUGUUUUCAUAUAAAAUGAUAUAGUAAAAUUCAUUAUGUAGUCCAAAGAGCAAUAAUAUGUAAAGCAAGAAUAAAUAAAAAGUAAAUCGAUAUAAAGUAAUGCAACACUAAUACUAUGCAUUACCCUAUUGCAAAACAAUCAAAUUAAGAUGUAUAAUUGAAGAUAGAUUAAGUACUUAUUCUGUUCAUUGUACAUAGAAACAAAUCAGUAUUUUAUAUUCGUUAAUCAUUUCAUAAUUUGAUAGUUUUAUAUUUGCUUUCAUUUGUCAGAGCACCUUAUCCAGUUGCAUGAUUAUACUGGAUCAACAUAUCAUGUUGAAUAGAAAUACAUUACUGUAGAAGUGAUGCACACAGUGUCUGAUCCUCAUUGUGUGUAGCAUAAUAUCUGAAAAAUACUCCAUUUCAUAUCAAGUUCAUUGAACUGAAAACACAUGCAAAGAAAGAGGAGUAAGAAAUACUGGAAACAGAGAAUCUGGCCAUUUUCACCUUUUAUGCAUUAGCUGUUCAAGAAAAGAUAACAGUGGUAAUAGCUUGCCUUUGAGGAGUGACUUAUUGAGCCCAAUUUUGAAUGUAAGGGAGUAAAGAAUUCUUGAAGACUGUAAGUUGGUAAUUUUAAAAACUUCUUCUUAUAGUGUCUUAGCAUUUUGAAUCGGUCUUUUGAAACUAAAGAAAAGUGGUCUCGGAUUCUCCGGAUGUACAUCGUACUUCUAGGAUGCAUUACUGACUUGCCAUAUGUAUACCCACACCGAUUGAGUUAUCGAACACUUUGCUACAUCAUGAUUCAAACCUUGUUUCAGCUUUUUGUAUAAGAAGGACAUUUCUAGUUACAAUGGCAUUGUGUAUUUCCAUUUAUAUAAGAUUUGAUGCUAAUUUUCACUUUUUACCAAAGGGAUCUAGAUUAUGAUAGAAUUAAAUAUUAUAAUAAUACAAUUAUAGGUCAAAUUUGAAUAAAUGAAAGUCUGUAAAGAAAUUUUUGGUGUUUGCUUUGAACAUAAGUAAUAUUAUUGUAGAUGAAGGCAAGUGGCAUAAUUUCAUAGUAUCUGACUUAUGAAAAUGAAAUUGCCUUUUAUCAGUAUUUUCCCCUUAGAAUAAAAGUAAAUGAAUUUCUUUUGUCUUCCCAGUCACAUUGUGUCCUUAUUACCAGACACUACAAAAUUUCGAUGGAAUCCUGAAACACGGAGUUGGGGGUUUUCAAUAUAUCUUGUAUUGGUUUUUUUUUUUUUAUAAUCGGGCUAUAUAGAUUUAUUUAAAUUUCUAUGAGUUUGUGCCAACCAACAUACCUUCUGGCAUCAGCGUAUUUCAUAUGUAGUUGUUGUAACUAGAGUUAGUUAAGGACUGACGUGAGGAUUAUAAUUGUGAAACAGACAUUCG